AUGGCAGUGGUGGAUGAUUUCUCCAAGUACCCAGUUGUUAGAAUCCUACACACUCUUGCAGCACCUAUAGUCAUCAAGCAACUGCGCACUGUUUUCGCUCAGUUCGGCUGUCCAGAGGUUGUAAAGUCAGACAAUGGCCCACCAUUUCAGAGUGAGAGUUUUGCAGAGUUCGCCAGCGAGCUCGGGUUCAAGCAUCACCGCAUCACUCCACGGUGGCCAGAGGCUAAUGGGGAAGCCGAAAGAUUCAUGCGCACCCUCAAGAAGUCUAUACUCGCAAGUCGUGUCAGCCACUUGGAUUGGACCAAUGAGCUUCAGUCGUUCCUGCUGGCUUAUAGGUCUACACCCCAUAGUUCCACAGCAAAAUCUCCGUUUGAACUUCUGUUUGGGAGACCUAUGAAGAAUCUUCUACCGACACUUGUCGCUGGUACUCACAACUCGGCUCACUAUGAGGCCAGACAGAAUGACACUAAAAGAAAAGCAUACAACAAGUGGUACGUCGACACUCGGAGGCAUACGAGUAACAACCAGCUGUGUGUGGGACAAGUCCUCUGCAAACAGGACAGGUCAAACAAGUCUUCGCCUUACUAUGAUCCACACCCAUACGCAAUCACCAAAGUCAAUGGCUCCAGAAUCCCAGCGUCCAAAGAUGGAGUGUCGAUUUGUUGCAACGCAAGUUUCUUCAAAGAUGCAAGCACAGUUCAAGUGGAACGACAUCAGGACCAGACCGACAUGCCAUAUCUGGAUGAUGAAGCUGUGCCAAGUAACAGUGACCUUCCAACUCCCAGCAUAGCUACUCCUAGCCAAGCCAUAUCAGCAGUUCCCAAGACCGUCUCACAGCGGUACCCCCAACGAUCCAGGCAACGACCUAGGCACCUGAAAGGCUGUGUGUUUAAGCAAAACUGA